AUGGAUGAUUUCUCUGCUCUGUCUUAUUUCUCCUCUUUGGCGAACUCCGCUGCUAUGGAGUAUUUUGCUGCUCUGGCCGACUUCGCUUCUCUGAACAUUGAUUUCUCUGACUUGAGCAUUUCUGACGGGCGAAAGACCGAUUCCUCUGGCGAAGGCAACAACGCGAUCUCUCUGCUCUGGCAGAAGACCGAUUCCUCUGGUGAAGGCAGCGGCGCGAUCUCUCUGCUCUGGCAGCAGCGCCAGAAUGAUGUAAAUAAUCAUGUUGCUUUCCGACCUCCUCAUUCGUACCUACCAAUUUGUGAGGAUAGUAAGAAACCAUACGUGGGUAAAGUGUUCAAGACAUUAGAUGAAGCAAGAGAAGGUGUGAAGCCGGACUCGAAGAAAGAUAUAUCAGAAUCAAGUGUUCAAAAGAAAAUACGACGCCGGAAACCCUCUACCAGAAAUGGCUGUAAGGCUCGUAUCACUGCAACACUUAAUGAUGAUGGCAAUUAUGUUUUCACCAGCUUCUCUGAAUUACACAAUCAUUCCCUCGUAACUGAAGAUGUUCGUCACCUUAUGAAAUUCAAUCGCAAAAUGGAUGAGUCACAUCAGAUGAUUAUGCUGAAGUGUGCCAAGUCCAAUAUUGGACCAGUGAGGGCAUUUCGUAUUUUUAAAGAACUGGUUGGAAGUUUUGAGGAAGUGGGGUGCACCAGCAAGGACUUUAAAAACCUAUCGUACAGCAUGAAUUCAUACGCGGAUGGUGUUGAUGCACAACUACUACUUGACAGGUUUCUAAGUAAACGUAAAACUGAUGAAUGUUUCAAGUGUGAAUAUUUAGUUGAUGAAACUCACAAGGUGAAGAGUUUGUUCUGGAGUGAUGCUGUUGCUGUUCAAAAUUACUCAUUGUUUGGUGAUGCGGUGUCCUUUGAUGCCACGUAUACAACGAACAGGUACGACAUGAUUUUUGCUCCAUUUACCGGCAAGGAUAAUCAUGGUGGGUGUGUUACAUUUGGAGCAGGGUUACUAACCAGAGAGGACGUGAAUUCAUACUCAUGGAUUUUAAAACAGUUUAUUGAAUGCAUGGGAACCGCUCCUGCAAUGAUUAUAACAGAUCAAGACCCAACGUUGAAAAUUGCUGUUGAAAAUGUAAUGCCCAACACUAGACACAGGUUCUGUAUGUGGCAUAUCAUGAUGAAGCUUGCUCAAAAAUUGUCGAAUUCUUUACGAGAAGAUGCCGAACUGAAAAGCGAGAUACAUUCUGUCGUAUGGUCGGAAUUGGAUGAGCCAGUUGAUUUUGAAAGGAAAUGGACAGAAGUAUUAGAUCAGUAUGAGUUGACUGACAACACAUGGCUUGCCGAUAUGUUUUCACUCCGUUCGUAUUGGAUACCUGCCUACUUUCGAGAUUUGAGCAUGAGCGGCUUGUUUAGAACAACAUCAUUAUCCGAAAGCGAGAAUAGUUUUUUUCGGAGAUAA